AUGCCUGUUGUGAUCUUUGGAGCCUCGAAUAUAUUUUGGAUGGUGUUUGCAGCUUCUCAAGCUUUUAAAAUCGAGACCUCUCCUGAAUCCAGGAUUCUUGCUCAGAUUGGUGACUCCAUCUCCUUGACUUGCAGCACUACGGGCUGUGAGUCUCCAGUUUUUUCGUGGAGAACCCAGAUAGACAGUCCAUUAAAUGGGAAGGUGAGGAAUGAGGGCACAAAGUCCACACUGACCAUGGAUCCUGUUAGUUUUGAGAAUGAACACUCUUACCUGUGCACAGCAACUUGCGGAUCUGAGAAACUGGAAAAAGGAAUCCAGGUGGAGAUCUACUCUUUCCCUAAGGAUCCAGAAAUUCACUUUAGUGGUCUUCCGGAGGUCGGGAAGCAGGUCACAGUCAAGUGCUUGAUCCCUGAUGUAUACCCGUUUGACAGGCUGGAGAUGGGUUUAUGGAAAGAUGAUCAUCUCAUGAAGAAUCAGGAGUUUCUGGAAGAUAUGGAUAGGAAGUCCCUGGAGACCAAGAGUUUGGAAGUAACCUUUAUUCCUGUCAUGGAGGAUACGGGAAAAGCUCUUGAUUGUCGAGCUCAAUUAUUCAUUGAUCAAACUGAAUCUGUGCACAAAGAAAGGAAGACUACCAAAGAACUGCAAGUCUAUAUCUCACCCAAGAAUACAAUUAUCUCCGUGCAUCCCUCCACAAGGCUGCAAGAAGGUGAUUCUGUGACAAUGACAUGUUCCAGUGAGGGUCUGCCAGCUCCAAAGAUUAUCUGGAACAAGAAAUUAGAUAAUGAGAAUCUACAGCUUCUUUCUGGUAAUGAGACUCUCACCUUAAUUGCUAUGAGGAUGGAAGAUUCUGGAACAUAUGUAUGUGAAGGAGUUAAUUCUAUUGGAAGAAGCCAAAAAGAGGUGAAAUUAAUCGUUGAAGAGAAACCAUUUACUGUUGACAUCUUCCCUGGACCUCAGGUUGUUGCUCAGAUAGGGGACUCAGUUGUGCUAACAUGCCGUGUCACAGGCUGUGAGUCCCCAUCUUUCUCUUGGAGAACCCAGAUAGAUAGCCCUCUGAGCGGGAUGGUGACAAGUGAAGGGACGGAGUCCACACUGACCCUGAGCCCUGUGGGUUUUGAGAACGAACACUCUUACCUGUGCACUGUCACCUGUGGACGGAGGAAAGUGGAAAAAAGAAUCAGAGUGGAGCUCUACUCAUUCCCUAGAGAUCCAGAAAUUGAGAUGAGUGGUCUACUUGUGAAUGGGAACCCCGUCACUGUAAGCUGCAGGGUUCCUAAUGUGUACCCUUUUGACCAUUUGGAGAUUGAAUUACUUAAUGGGGAGACUAUUCUGAUGAAAAAAAACUUUUUGGAGGAAAUGGAUAGGAAAUCCCUAGAGACCAAAAGUUUGGAAGUAACCUUCACCCCCACCACUGAAGAUACUGGAAAAGUUCUUGUUUGUCGGGCUAAGUUACAUACUGGUGAAAUGGAAUCUGAACACAAACAAAGGCAGAGUACACAGACGCUUUAUGUCAAUGUUGCUCCAAAAGACAUACAGCUUACAGUGUUUCCUUCUGAGAGUGUCAAGGAAGGAGACACUGUCAUUAUCUCCUGCACAUGUGGAAAUAUUCCAGAAACUUGGAUAAUCCUGAAGAAGAAAGCAGAGACAGGAGACACAGUGCUGAAAUCUAUAGAUGGCGCGUACACCAUCCUCAAGGUGCAGCUGGAGGAUGCAGGAGUAUAUGAAUGUGAAUCUAAAAAUGAAGUGGGCUCACAAUUAAGAAAUUUAACACUGGAUGUUAAAGGAAAAGACAAUACCAAGGACUAUUUUUCUCCUGAACUUCUCGUGCUCUAUUGUGCAUCCUCCUUGAUAAUACCUGCCAUUGGAAUGAUCAUUUACUUUGCAAGGAAGGCCAACAUGAAAGGGUCAUACAGUCUUGUAGAAGCACAGAAAUCAAAAGUGUAGCUUACAUUUGAAAUGUUCAACCAGAGAUACUGUUUAUAACUCCAAAUCAUUCCACAAGAAAAGCAACGAACUGAGAGUUCAGACUUCCGGGGAUGUAUUGAAAACAGAAAGAAAUGGCCGCCUGGGCCCCUUGUUGUGAGAAGGAGACCAACAGAAAACAUUCUGCUUGAAAAGUCACUGGCAUGGAGAGAUGAGAUGACUCCAGAGCUUUCCUGAUAUGUACAUAUAAUAACAUAAUUUGUACAUAUGUAAA